AUGUCGUUAGUUACUCUGCCAACCGAGCUUCUCCUACUCGUUCAGUCACAUGUCGAUCUCACAGAUAUUAAGCAUAUGCGCUUGUCAUCGAGAAAGUUGUGUGCCUCUCUAGAACCACGAAUAGAUCGCGUCUUCCUCUCGGCCAAUCCGCGCAAUGUUGAGGUCUUUCUAGCCAUUGCAGCUCACGAGACAUUGCGCCGCUUCGUCACCGAGAUUGUCUGGGAUGACGCAGUUUUUACCACCUUUCCACCGAGAAAAACCAGUCACGGUGGUCUCUCAGAGAAUGAUGCCUCAACUACAUGGUUCGUGCAGCAUGCUGAGGGCCGGAGACUGGAUAUCGAGCAAAUGUGGUCAAACAGUAAAAAAGACGACAUAGGCCCUCGCAGGCAUGAGCGAACCCGAGAUUCGUAUGAGUAUUAUAAAGAACUCGUCCGGGCGCAAGAUGAAUUACGCCAGUCUGGUCGUCAUGUGAACGCCUUGCAUAUUGGUGUGAGCCGGUUCCCUGCUCUUCAGCGAAUCACCAUCACGCCCGACGCCCAUGGUGGUGUGCACAAUCCACGAUACCCCUCCCCCAUGGUCCGCGAGUUCCCACACGGGUUCAUUUAUCCCUUCCCUUAUCGUUGGACUCUCGAUGGCCCUUUCGGAAUAGUGAACAAUCAUGAACUCUCUGAGCCCUGGCACCGGCUUACAGAAUCGGAGAAAAACAUGUGGCAAGGGGUGCGUACCGUUUUCAAAUUGCUUGCCGAGCUUUCACGCAGCGAGUGCAGAGUCUCAGAACUCGUCUUGGAUGCAGGAAUCUUCCCGACCGGGAUCAGCCAUCGCAUAUUCGAAGAUCCGUGUGAUGAGCUCCGUGACCUAACCACAUUGAUCCGCCGCCCAGGCUUCCGUCGCCUAGACCUAGCCGUUGCCGUAGAAGGUCAAACUCAUCAGGCACCUCUAUUUAGUAGUGGGCAUUUCCGGCAGGCGUUGAGCGGCGCAAAAGAUUUGGAGCACUUCAGGCUGCAGACGAGUUCAGUGUGGUUACAGACAACCGGCGUCCAGACGAGCAUAAUCCCCAGUGAUCACAUCCCUCCCUUGAUUCAUGUCUUUCCGGUUGAAUGCUGGCCCCGGCUCCGCCAUUUUGGCCUUUCAGGUAUGUGCGUUCGCUCACAGGAUUUGAUUGCUCUUCUCGGGACAAUGCCUCGCACCCUGCGCUCCGUCGAGCUAGACAGACUCCAUUUCCGGUCUGGAAAGGGGAGUUAUGGGCAGGUGCUUGGUGAGGCCAAAUACAAGCUGGAUUGGCGUCGCCGGCAAAAGCAAGAAUGGAUCAAAUUGACCAUCUGCACAUGUCAGAAACUGGUUAUGAGCGGACCAUUCGUCCGCGUAUCUAAUGAAAUUCAGGAUUAUAUUUAUGGGGAUGGGCCUUCCCCCUUCCAAGGGAAUAAGUAUAUCGGAUACGAACCGGCAUCAAUGGUGAAGUUCGAGUUGGGAUUCCCAUAG